AUGAUAAUCGAAUGAAGAAAGAAUUACUUACAGUAGAACGGUCACUGAGUUAGCAGUAAGAAGACGCAGAAAGAAAUUCAGUCUCCUCUUUGCUGGUCUAGCUCCUGGGUGGUGGAUAGAAUUGACGUUGACGACCUUCACGUGGUGUAUCUUUUGCUUGGAGAAAGGCAAAAAUAAUUAUGAACUUGUCAUCUCGUCGUCGUGCUCGGCCGGAGGAUGCGUCCAAGAAGGUGGCCGACGAGGUGGUGAAGGCUCAAGUUCGCAAGCAGCUCAGCACCACGCUGGAUGCAACUCUGGGACAAGGCCGGGACUUUGAAGUGAACUCCUCGCUCAAGUCCUAUGCGUCAAGCGUAGCUGGCACUCAGUCACUGCAUGACUAUGAGCAGCGGCGUGGCGCGGAGGAGAGAUUGGAUGAGCUACGCCGCGCUGGCCUCACCGAGCAUGAGAUAGGGCUGUUCUUGCAGCAUGGGCUGGAUGGCGGUAGAGAUCAUGCUAUAGCGGCGGCCAAGAAGUCACGCACCGUAGCCACGGAUGAAGCGGUGCGGUCACGACUUUCCCUGAUCAAGGAGAAGCUGUCCAGCAGGUCUGAUUCGAGUUUAAGCUCUUGGCAACUUGACCUUAGCAAUUCAGCAGAAGAUAAUGAAGAUACUGACCGCUCUGGAGCAGAGAACACCAGUGCUAGCAAAGCAACAUUGAUGUGGAAGCCACCAGAGGAAAUCAUGAGCCAAACUAGGAGCAGCUCUGUGCAAGCUGCAUCGGCACCAGAGGUAGACUCCUUUGUUCCGCCGACUAAGUCUGGCCAAGGUCCUGGCAACAGCAGUCUCCUACCGCAGUGGCAAGAGGUGAAGCAUGUCCGUCCAGCGGGCGUUGUGCUACCCAAGACGGCAGCUGCACUCACGCCACCGUUAACUGUGACGCGCGAGGAGAUAGAAGUUGGCCGGAUGUCCGUCACCGCCAUUCGACAGUUGCCAAAGUUUGAGAAUUACGAGCCGGGCGAGCCUAAUCAGAUUCUCUAUGUGAAGAACCUGGCUGCCAACACCACACACGGUGAUCUGUUGGCUGUAUUCAGUGCUGCGUGUGAAGGACAUCUGGACAGUGCUGCUACUGCUGCAGCUGGUCCACUGCAUGUCCGUCUCAUGAAGAAAGGAAAGCUACGGGGACAAGCGUUUGUGACUUUCCCAUCUUUGGAAGGUGCCAAAGCAGGUCUGGCAGCAGUCAACGGCUACAUCCUCCACGGCAAGCCAAUGAUAAUCCAGUACGGCCGAACACCAGCAACCACCAAUGCAGCAACGAGUACCACCGAUACCUCCUCCGAUGCUGCUAGUCAUCUAGAUGAUGGCAAUGGUGACGACGAGGGCAAGACGAAGGUUUCUGCAGGGUGUUUCCACCAGUUUUGUCAGCGGGGCAUCCUCUGCUCAAGAGGCAGUGCACCUGACUUCCAGGAGCUGUCUUGCGAACGUAAUAAUUACCGACAUGCCAGUUUAUAUGUCCAGCACAGUGAAUGCUGCUGCCUGGAUGUAUUGGAAUGAAGCAGUGUUCUACCGUGUGAGAGAACAUGACAUCGGUGAUAGGCUGUACAUUCCCCCUGGCUCCAGUCCAAGGAGACACACCAUCUCUGUUCUGGAUUCAGCUUCUCGCUGUAGUCGCAAGAGUCCCGGCCUUCAAGGCAAACAGCUUGCUGGAUGGUGUAAGCACUGCUGCGCAUCUUACUGAUGAGCUGUAACAGUGUUCUCCGUGCAGCAGUAUCUCCAUGCCUGUCCAGAGAGUCUCUUUGCUGGCAUGUGCGUAUGAUGUUCUAUAGUACUGUAAUAAUCAUUCCCCAGCAGUACAUGUACAGCCAAGUAUGUGGUCAUGCCUGUGCGCACACACAUGCACACACCGACGUCACGCGAGUUUGUUCUCCGUGCAUUCUGUAUGUGCUACCAAGAGUAUCCCCCCCCCAAGAGUGUGCAACUCUGCAUAGGGGUCUCCGGCGGCGAAAACUCACAUCAUGUGUCUCAGGUACGUUUUGUACUAUGUACAACUAAGGAUAGCGUGCGCGCAAUCCGAAAAUCUGCCAUGAUUAUGCUGGCGAGUUGCAUACCGUCCAAUAGGAACCAUCCUGAGUUGCACACUCUGGUUUAUGUACUCUUGGUGCUACUAAAAUUAGCGUUUGUAGCCAUGCGUUUUUUUGCUCUCAUAUUUUCCGAGUAUAAAGAAUACGAAACGUGCCCAAAAGACAUUGUACUGUACAACGUCUAGAGAAGAGGGUGUGCAAGCCUAGAUGAUCGUUUGAUUGAAUUAUAAUACUACUAAAAAAUAAACAAAGCACUGAAAACGGAAUAGGAACUUCAUGGAGAAUGAAUGAUGACAGGUCACCAGGACUAAGACUGAAUGAUAGAGUAUAACCAUAGCUAUCGUUUUAUGAGUUUUACAUGAAGACACGUUUUAGCAGAGUGCCAGAAGAUUGCAGGCAUCACUUGAUUAUUGACAGGG